AUGCAGUGCAACUUCAACUUGGACAAAGAGCUAUUGUAUUCCGUGAAGUGGUACAAGGACGGUCACGAAUUUUAUCGUUAUGCGCCCAGAGAGGCGCCCAUGGUGGUAACGUUCCCGGUGGCCGGCGUAAACGUGAACAGGAACGAGUCCACCCAGAAUUUGGUUGUCCUGAGCAACGUGAAUCUGACGAGCUCGGGGAGGUAUCGAUGCGAGGUGUCGGGCGAGGCUCCCGCCUUUGAGACGGUCUCUGAUCACGGGGACAUGACUGUGGUCGUUCUACCUAACGAAGGACCGCAGAUAACCGGUGGUCGUCCUACGUAUCAGGUGGACGAUGUCGUUCACAUGAACUGCACGUCGGCACCUUCUAAACCACCUGCGAUAUUGGCUUGGUACAUCAACGAUGUGGAGGUCAGGAAUCCCGACUACCUGACAGGACCCAAUAUCACCGUCGAGAAGAACGGUCUGGAGACCGCGAGACUCGGUCUGAAAUUCCGCGUGGCGAACAAGCACUUCAACCAGGGCGACAUGAAGCUAAAGUGCAUAGCCACAAUAGCCUCGGUCUAUCUGCGAAGCAACGAGGAGAGCGUGGCGGGCGACGAGAGUGUUCUGAAAACGCCUAUAAUGGAGAGCCGCGAGACCCGGGCGCAGAGCCACACUCGCGAGGAUCUGACGAAUGGAUCCGCAAGUGUCACAGUCCAGUGGACGAUCCUCGUCGUCGCCCUGAUCACAUCGAUCGCAGUCGCGCGAUAAUAACGACGAGCGUUUCUUUUUUCUCUAUUUCUUUUCUCUCUUCUUUUUUUUCCACGUUGCUUCCUAAUCAUGUAAACGUUAGGAGAUCGGUUUUCGCCCUAUCUAUUACUAAUUCCUAAUUCGCGUAAACGUAAAUAAUACGCGAUAAUGCAUAUAAUAAGUGUACGUCCAAUUAUGCAUUCGCCGCGGCGUACGGCGUGAGCUUUACGAUUACGUGCGCUCUAGGCUCUAAAUGUAUUUUGCGCGCGCGGAGCGGACGAUCGGUGGUCGAUCGAUCGAUCGAUCGAUCGAUCGAUCGAUCGCCUCGUGAUCGACGGAUCCGACUCCCCGCGCGUUCGUUUUAGAUCGUCCAAAGUCUCUCUAGCGAGGAACGACGUCGCGGAAGGCGGCGUCAGAAGUCGUCUUUUGUAUCGCUUUCGAGAUACGAUUCGAUGUUAUUCUUACUACGAUUUUUACAAAGGGUUUUUCUAUUUUCACGACAUAUCAUUUCUAUUUGCUCGGCGGUCGCGCGUCCUCGCGCC